AUGCCUUCGACUUACAUCAGUCCCCAGGACGAGUAUCAACUUGCGGUCAAACGCAACGAGGGCCUUGGUCAACUCUUUUACGAACAGGUCCAACGGCAAUCCUCAUCAUUAGCUGUAGUUGAUGGUGGCUCCUCGCUCACAUAUGACGAGGUACACAAACAUGCCUGUCGCGUUGCGAAAACGCUCUCUCUCGCUUCUCUAGCCCUUGAGGAGCCUGUCGGUAUCAUUGUCAACCAUGGUCUGAACGAUGUGCUGGCCCAGAUGGGGACUCUUUAUGCUGGCGGGACCUGUACUCCAAUGGAUCCAAGUCUUCCGGACCAACAGAUACGGAAUCGACUGGAGAAGCUUCAAACGCGAUUUGUCCUGGUGGAUGGUCUAAACAAAACCCGAGAUCUGCCAUUCACUCAGAUCUUACUGGACGAUAUGUUGACUUCGGACGAAACCUGCACGGAGUCUUGGGAGGAAGAUACCUAUCCUGUGCUUACGGAUCUGUCUCACCGGGCACAUAUCAUUCAUACCUCGGGCACAACCAGCGAGCCGAAAGCAGUACAGAUCGCAGCGCGUUCCAUCUUGCAAGUUGUCUUUCAUGCCCCAUUUGAGCCAGUCAAUGAUGAAGAUGUCGUUGCCCACGUUAACAAGAGUAGCUUUGACGUUGCCCUGUUUGAUAUAUGGGCUCCGUUACUCCGGGGAGCCCGCAUCGCGGUACUGAGUACCCCAGUUCUGUUGGAUCUGACUCUUAUGACGAAACAUAUCGACUUACUGGGGAUCACUGUCAUGGCCACCACAACGGCACUUCUUAACCUAGCUGCGUCGACAUUUCCUCGCGCCUUUUCCAAAUUACGCCUUUGCUUUAUCGGUGGUGAGGCGGCGAAUGCUGCAGCCAUUCAAACCAUCUUCAACGAAGGGCCCCCAGCUAUGUUGAUCAACGCGUAUGGUCCCACUGAAUGCUGUAUCUUUUGCCUUGCACACCAGAUCACCCCAAAGGAUCUACGAGCAGGCUCUGUCAGCAUCGGCAAGCCGAUUGGUCAAACGAUUGCCUAUAUUGCCGAUGAAGCAGGGAAAGAAAGCGAUGAAGGUGAACUUUGGAUAGGGGGAGCUGGUGUUUCUCCGGGCUAUGUCGACCAGCCUGAGAAAAAUGCCGAGUCCUUUAUUAUAGUUGACAAUACAGACACACCUUCCAAUGGCCCCGUUCGGUUGUAUCGUACUGGUGAUCUUGUUCGCCGUCGCCAAGAUGGCCAAAUUGAUUAUAUCGGCCGAAGAGAUCAUCAAGUCAAAAUCCGCGGAUUCCGAGUUGAGCUCGGAGCCAUCCAGUCCAGUCUGCUCAGAACUGGUCACUUCUCUGAAGUCGCUGCGAUGAAGGUCGAACUCCCACAGGCAGGCGCCGGAUCACUGCUGGCUGCCUACGCUACUCCUGCUGAUCCAAACAGCCCUCCGGAGACCGCUUUGGUGUUGAAAGACCUCAGAAAUGUUCUCCCAGAUUACAUGAUCCCUCAGCUGGAAGUGAUCCCAAAAAUGCCUCUCAAUAGCCAUUGCAAAGUGGAUCGCAGAUAUUUAGCGGCACUGUUUUGCCAACGGUGGACGGACCAACAGCAAGAUGCAAUGUCUUAUUCGCUUUGUAAAGAUACUCGAUCGAUUUUAGCCGGGCUUUGGGCCAACCUGUUAGCCAAUCCACGGCCCACUUACGAAGAUGAAGAUGACUUUUUCGCCUUGGGUGGCACUUCCCUGCAAGCAUCGCUACUAAUUAGCCAAAUCCGACGCGCGUUCUCGUGCGAAAUUUCUCUUUUGGCUCUGUACGAUAACUCAACCCUUGGUGCUCUUACCAAUAUCAUCGAUCAUUGCCCUAAGGACGGGAGCUUCGCGACUGUUCGCAACGAGACUGAUAUUUGGGUCGCCGAUUCAAUGCUUGCUGACGACAUUCCCAUCCCAGUCGGACCACCUGUGAACUGGCAGAGCGAUAUUGAAGGUCGGGUGUUCUUUACCGGUGCUACGGGGUUCGUUGGCGCUUUUAUGCUGGCAGACCUUCUGCAUAUGCCGAAGGUCCACCAGAUUGGUUGCCUGGUUAGGGCUAAAGACGCAGAGGUGGGCAUGAAGCGCCUGGAAACUGCCUUAGCCAAGUACGGUCUCUGGGACGAGCGGUUUCGCUACAAACUAUUGGCCUUCCCCGGUCUACUCGAGGAACCAUAUUUGGGUCUCGGGCAAGCGCGCUUUAACGAGCUAGCUAAUUGGGCAAGUGUUGUGUUUCACCUUGGUGCUCGUGUCAACUAUACCCAGCCCUACUCCCUACAUCGCCCGGCCAACACACUUGGAACCGUGAACGUGGUUCGGUUUGCCUGUGCUGGAAGGAAUAAGCCCGUUCACUACGUGUCUAGCAUCUCCUGCUUUGGACCUACCGGUUUCGUGACCGGCUCCACUACCGUCGGUGAGGAUGAAGCCCUCUUACCACACCUGAAGGCUCUUGCCUACGACCAUGGUUAUGCGCAGAGUCAAUGGGUUGCCGAGCAGCUUUUGCGGCGUCUGAUGGGCCGUGGAUUCCCGAUUGCAGUGUACCGUCCUGGAUUCAUCACCGGACAUAGCCAAACCGGCGCCUGCAACCCGGAUGACUUUUUCAGCCGUCUGAUCUUCGCCUGCCUUGAGUUAGGAUGCUACCCCCAGCUCCCUAACCAACGUAAGGAAUUCAUUUCUGUUGACUAUGUCAACUCCGCCAUUCUGCAUAUUGCUGGCGAUCCGGCCAACCUGGGCCAUGCUUUCCAUAUUGUGCCGCCGACCAAAGACAACAUCGAUAUGGAUGCGUCCAUGGAGCUCCUGAAUCAGAAGACUGAUUCUGUCGUCGAACGCGUGCCCUAUUCGGAAUGGAUUGACCGUUUAUCGUCCAAGACACCAAAAUCAUUGCAGCCGUUGCUACCCAUGCUAGCCGAGAAGGUCCAGGCCGGUUUGACGAGAUGGGAACUUUACGAGAAUAUGCCACAAUACCAGACAAAGAAUCUUAUGAGGGCCUUGCAGGACUAUCCAGGAGGCCUGGAGUUUCGUCCCCUUGACUCUGCCUUGAUGGAGAAGUACGUGGAUUAUCUACGGAGGCAUUCGUCUUGGGUGGUAUGA